UUUUUGAAUGUGUGUUUCAGCACUGCCUCAUGACCGUGUGCAGCAGUACCCUCAGUGAGCUGGGCCUGCAGUUGAUGAUAGACCUUCUUGCUCUGAGGGACUCGUCCUAUUGGCUCGUUCGCACUGAGCUCUUGGAGACUCUGGCAGAGAUGGACUUCCGGUUAGUGAAUUUCUUGGAGAGAAGAACAGAACAUUUGCACAAAGGGGACCAUCACUACACUGGGCGGCUGCGCCUGCAGGACAGAGUCCUGAACGAUUUGGUCAUCCGUCUGUUGGGAGAUGACGACCCCAGAGUCCGACACGUGGCAGCGUCAGCUGUCAGCAGGCUGGUUUCCAGAUUGUUCUACGACUGCGACCAGGGUCAAGUGGACCCAGUAGUGGCGAUUGCCCGGGACCAGAGUUCAGUCUACCUGCAGCUGCUGAUGCACGAGGCCCAACCCCCCUCCCAGUUCACAGUUAGUACCAUCACAAGGACGUACAGAGGCUACAACUUGUCCAACAACGUGUCUGAUGUCACAAUCGAGAACAAUUUGUCCAGAGUCGUCACCGCCAUCUCCCACGCUUUCACCUCCUCUACCUCCAAAGCCCUGACUUUUGGCUGCUGUGAGGCCUUAUGCCUCCUGGCUACACAUUUCCCAGUGUGCACCUGGAGUACAGGCUGGCACUGCGGCUAUGUGAGCUCCAGCAGCAGCUUCUCUUCCCGCUCUAGUCUGAACCGCAGCAGGGGCCGGGCCCUCAGUGUGUCGCAGACCGGCAGUGCUCCAGCCUCUUCAGCCUCCUCCUCGUCUGCACCUGACACUGAGCGCAGGACUCUGACAGUAGGCAUGGCCAACAUGGUGCUCUCCUUACUCUCCUCCGCCUGGUUUCCACUUGAUCUGGCCUCACACCAAGAUGCACUUUUGCUGUCUGGCAAUCUGCUUGCUGCUGUGGCUCCUAAAUGCAUGCGCAACCCCUGGGCUGGAGAGGAGGAAGGCAGCAGUGGUAGCACCAACACAAGUGGAGGCCCCAACAAGAUGGAGGAGCCCUGGGCAGGGCUGUCGGAGCGCUCCCUGGUGGCCAUGGUGGAGCAGCUCUUCUCCCACAUACUGAAGAUCCUCAACAUCUGCGCCCACGUGCUGGACGACACCCCCCCCGGACCAGCUAUUAAAGCCACCCUCCCCUCCUUGAGCAACACCCCCUCCCUCAGUCCCAUCAGGAGGAAAGGCAAGGAGAAGGAUAUUGUGGAGCCCAGUGCUGCCCCCAUGAGCCCAAAGAAAAGUGUUGACAUCAACACAGGCAGGCCAGCAGACGGCACAGGGUCCACCGCCGUAAACAAGUCUACCACCGUCGGCAACUUCUACCACCUGCCCACCUACCUCAAGCUCUACGACGUCCUCAAAGCUACACAUGCCAACUACAAGGUGACGCUGGACCUCCACAGUAGUCAGGAGAAGUUUGGAGGAUUUCUGCGUUCAGCUCUAGAUGUUCUCUCUCAGCUCCUGGAGCUCACCACACUACAUGACAUCAGCAAGUGUGUGGAGGAAAUCUUGAGCUACCUCAAGUCCUGCUUCUCCAGAGAACCCACCAUGGCGACAGUUUGUGUACAACAGCUGUUGAAGACCCUGUUUGGCACCAACCUGGCCUCUCAGUGCGAGAGCGUCCUGAGCGGACCCAGCCGCUCCCAGGGCAAGGCUCUGCGCCUCGGCUCCUCCAGCCUGCGACCGGGCCUCUACCACUACUGCUUCAUGGCGCCGUACACGCACUUCACCCAGGCUUUAGCCGACGCCAGCCUACGCAACAUGGUGCAGGCCGAACAGGAGCAGGACACCUCUGGAUGGUUUGAUGUGAUGCAAAAAGCAUCGAACCAGCUGAGGUCCAACAUUGCAAACGCGACACGCCAAAGAGGAGACAAGAAUGCCAUCCACAACCACAUCCGUCUGUUUGAGCCGCUGGUCAUCAAAGCUCUGAAGCAGUACACCACCAGCACCUCGGUGGCGCUGCAGAGGCAAGUCCUGGACCUGCUCGCACAGCUGGUGCAGCUCAGAGUCAACUACUGCCUGCUGGACUCUGAUCAGGUGUUCAUAGGGUUUGUCCUGAAGCAGUUUGAGUACAUUGAAGUAGGACAGUUCAGGUGAGUUAUCUUUGUGACCCCUGUAAAGAUGUACCCAUACGUCUCCGGCCUUUAGGGAUGGGUAUCGUUAAGGUUUUAACGG